CAGCGAAGGAAGACCAUGUGGUUAAGGCCGUAGCAUAUAAGCAGAGAGGCAGGUACUGGUGGCAGCUAACAAAAUAUUCCGACUGUGUAUCAAUAUGCUUACUCCAGCUCUUACUUUCGCCGUCCUUGCGGCCGCACGUCUGGCUCAAGCUCAGUAUGCCAGUACGACUACGUUCGCAUUCGCCGGAAAUGCCCUGCCUACAGGUCUCGCAAAUUACUACUCCAGAGUCAACGACACGAAGACAGUCGGUGCUCCUUAUGAUCACGAGUUCGAGCCAUCAAUGUCGUACGUCGAAGGCGGCUUUCUCAAUCUCCUCGUGCCAGGAGGUCAGCAAAACGACCAAGUGAUCUGGUCUGCAGAAGUUCAGACUACGUUCACAGUCUCGGCUGCCAGAGUCGACACCUGGGCUAUUCUGACCGAGACUCACGGCGUGUGCAAUGGUAUCUUCUCUUACGAUGGCGAUACUUCCAUCUCAGGUGGAAUCCACGAGUCUGAUAUCGAAUGGCUGAGUGAUCCAAACUCACUGGCCUUUACAAGACCUGGCAUUGCACGUGCUCUGUACUACACGAACCAAAACACCAAAGCUGUCGGAAGUCCUGGCACAAGCGGUCCUGGCGUUCCUCCGGCGGACGCGACAAGCAAGGUGCACAAAUACAGCAUCGAAUGGAGGAACGGCUUGACUUCCUUCUUCGUGGAUGACGUGCCGCAGUACACGUUUGACACAAACGUGCCAACCACGACUAAAGCUGUCUGGGUGUGGAACAAUUGGGCCAAUGGCGACCCGAACUGGAGCGUUGGACCCCCAGCAACAGAUGCUGUUUUCAAAAUUCAGAAGAUUGUCAUGGCUUACAACCCGGGCUCCAAGUGAAAAGCAGUUUAAUGAUCACUCUUGUAGCCCACCUGGACAGUGCCAUCGCGGGCUCUCUUGAAGUGGGUGUUAGCAGGUUGAUGAUCAUCUUGCUGUUGAGAGGAUUAUAAGCCGCUGGUCUCACCCAAGUGCGUUGAGAUUUCGCGACGCGGUGGUGGCACCAAAUGACAAAGAAGAUGAUAUGUGCUGCGAAGGUCUCGUAAUCCACAAACGUUCAUACAGAAUCCCUGGUCUCGAAAUCUAACACGCUUUUGCAUAGAAUCGCAGCUUGAUCGUUCAGCAAUUCGGCCCACUAACAGAAGUUCCUAGCGGAGUCGUACAAGAGUGUGGUAUACCGCAGACUUCUCCUUGACAACUGCAAUACCCUUCUCCACCAUUGGCCGUCGCACAGCCCGGUUUGGAGCAGGAGAACAGAAAACAAAAGUCUCCGUCCAAUGGGGUAUCGUCUGAUCCUACUGUCACUUCUGCGCUUGCGUUGGCGCAGUAGAACUAUGAUAUUGUCAUCAGCUUCGAUACAGCCAGCAAGCUGGAAAAUUUCUCAUGGCCCGGCGAACAAGGAGAACCCAGAUCACCUGGUUGACGUACCACGUCCUGAUAAAACUCAUCGGAGAAAAAUCUGUAUCGUCGUCAGCAGAUACACCAACCUGAAUGCUCGCAAGUGCAGCGAUAGAUUACCCAAAAUCCCAGCCCGUCUCCGCGAGCUCACUGCAAUUUCUUGGACCCUUUUUGGGUGGCGGUUCAGGACAAAAUUGUUGGACCGUGAUG